AUGUUCACAACACUUUUUUGUUUAAUAACACCACCUUGAGAAAAUCGAAAGUUUUUUCUGGAAAGUAGGUACGAUGGCCAAUACCGUGUUUAGAAAGGACAGUCACUUGAUUCAGAACCACUCUAAAAAGUUGUAUUUGGAUCCGAAGACGGCCGAUGUGAAUUUUGUAUUCGGUGCUGGAACUGAUUACGUUGAAGCUGUCCCAGCUCACAAAAACAUCCUGUCUAUCAGCAGUCCAGUGUUCGAUACGAUGUUUUAUGGUUCAUCAUCCGUUCAAGGUGACAUUUCGAUUGUUGACGCAUCUCCUGCGGCAUUCAAGGAAUUUCUGCAAUUUUUCUAUUUGACCAAAGUUCGACUCACAUCCGAGCACAUCGUCAACGUUUCUAUUUUGUGCAAAAAGUACGAGGUUACAGAAGCGUUGAAGCUCUGUGAAGAGCCAUUGCAAAAGUCAUUCACCAUCGACGAGAUGUGCUCUGGUUAUGCAUUGGCCAUUCUACUCGAGUUGACAAACACGAUGCAGUUCUGUGAGGUGAUGAUCAUACAACAUGGAGACGAAAUCCUCAAAUUGGCCAGUUUUUUGGAAUGCAAUUGCGACACGCUCGACAAUAUAAUUCUGUUGGUGGCAUCGAAGUGCAGUGCUUCGGAUCGCGUUGAUGCGUGCAUGGCCUGGGCCAAAGCCGAAUGCGAACGAAAGAACCUGGAAGAAACACCGGCAAAUCUCAAAGCUCAACUGGGACAUUCAUUCGCUAACAUUCCAUUUGCUGAACUGAACAGAAAUCAGUUCCAACAGUUUAUGGCUACGUAUAAUGGUUUUUUGAACGAGUCUGAUUUGGCUGAGAUAGUUUCGAAGAUAAUUUUUUUUAGACUAAAAUAG